GUUGAUACAGACACCUGGGCAUGCCUAUAUACUAUAGCCACUUGCACGAGUGACAGGACUUGUGAAUCCGACUGGAAUGGGUUGAUUAAGAUAUCAUGCGGUCGUGAUCAUUGGCCACACAUCAGUGUUGAUGGUUCCCAGCCCAAGAGAUCAAGAAUCGGCAUCCGAUCCCUCAUAUCUGAGAACUGGAUGGUUACCCUGUGAAACUCGAGUGCAAAGUUUGAAGGAGAUCCAUUCUUCCGCAACAGUGCUCUCGCAUCCGGGAAGUUGCCUCCAACGAUGUCCUAUUCUCUCUAUGCCUUCGGCAGCAACGGCGAAGGCCAACUCGGCGUAGGAACCGUGAGCGACAAACUCCACACGCCCACAAAAGCCCCCAAGAUGCCCCCAUGCGACCAUGGAUACAAGGCAAUACGCGGUGGUGGCAAUCACACGUUGAUACUCACAGCAUCCGGUGCAGUGUACGGGGCUGGCCUUGACCGAAGUGGACAGCUGGGAAGUCAAGCACCGUUGGAAGAUGAAGACGAGAACAGCGGCAGGAUUGUGGAGUUUAAGGACCUUCAUCUUGACGUUGCAUUCUGUGCCGCAGCAUGGGAGUCUUCGGCUUAUAUAUUGACUCCCAUCAGACAUAGCACGACAGGCAUUGUAAAUUCAGGCGUAUAUACUGAAGGCCGCUCCCUCCAUGGCGAGCUUGGACGAGGAGAUCGGGUCGAUAGCUACUCUGUAUCCGGCUCAAUACGCAGCGAAAGGCUUGAAAGGGUGUUGGACGUCUUACCAACUACGCUGCCGGGACCCGCAAUCGACUUCGCUGCUGGAAUGUAUCACUAUCUCGCCGUACUGGAAGAUGGCAGCGUCUACGGCUGGGGAAGAGCACGGAGUGGCCAACUAGGCAAGACAGACCUUACCCACUACUCAACACCCUCUCGAAUUGAAGAUAUCCCGUUCCCGGCUCGAAAAGUGGUGUGCGGGCAAAACUUCACCUACCUAGUCGGUAACCCUGCGUCCGGCGAGCAUAUCGUCUUGGGCGAUGACAAGCACGGCAUUCAAUCGAAGAAACCGGAAAGCGUCAAAGGUUGGAAGGAAAUUGGCGCAACGUGGAAUGCUAUCUUUGUCUUACUUGAGGAUGGAACACUAAUGGCGUGGGGGAAAUCAAAUCUCUGGGAACUGGUACCGCCGAACUUGCCAAAGCUGAAGAACAUAGCUACGGGCUCGGACCAUGUAAUUGCUUUGACGGAGAAGAACACGGUGUUGGCUUGGGGGUGGGCAGUGCAUGGGAAUUGUGGGAACACUGAGGGGUUGAAAAAGCCGCUGAGCAGGGGAUAUGUCACGGGCCAAUUCAAUGAGAUGGAAUUCGAUGGGGAGGUAGUUCAGAUUGGAGCCGGUUACUCUACAAGUUUUGUAGUGGUUAAGGACGGUGACGGCAGCUGAGACUCUGGGUGAGGAGUAUGCAUACAAUGCUGGCUGUUUGAUACCCCUCAACGCAUCUCGACACCUUGAAGACCUUGAAGGCGUUUUAGGAAGUUCGAUUGCAUCAGAGAUACUUGCCAUGAGAUCAGCA